AUGCCUCCCAAGGGCGCAGCUACCAAACUCGGCAAGGGGUAUGCUUAUGCCUCUUCGGAAGACGAGCUCGACACAUUACUUGGUAAUUCAUCGGCUGUUGUCUUGCCGGCUGUUCCAAUUGCAAACUCCUGGAAUUAUGGCGCUCAAACAACAUCAGCUUUGCCCACUCGGACUCCAGUGAACCCGAACAUCAGUCCGGGGCGUAUUGCCAAAAGAAUUGAGGCAGGUAUCGAGAUUGCGCAAAAUCGAGACUCGCCAAGGAAGCAAAAAGACAAAGUCCAGACGCGUUCAAUUCUCCGGCGGACCAAAAGGGAGCCCACUCCUGAUCAAACACAACUCCAGCAAGAUCUCGACGGAGCUGCAUCACCUACGCCUUCACCUCCUAUUCGAAAUACAGUCUCUACAGAUUCAAGCUCUGACGACGAGCCUCCUCGUCAGCGCCGCUUAUCAGUCAUGUCAAACGAACCGUUAUAUCCGUCACCCCUCCAACGUGCUGGUGACCGCCGCAAUGACGCUUCUGCUAGGAGCAGCCUUGAUCGUGAAAGUUCGGUAGAUAAUGCAUCUGAAGUGUCCUGGGACCUGGAACGUGACAUUCACGAGGAUGAUCUGCAACGAACACGACCGAGCAAAUACCGUGGCGAACGCCACGGCCGCAAUAUCACUAAACCUCCCCGUCGACCUUCUGGCCUUGCUAUGACCCAAGAAACAAUCGAAGAGGAGGAAGAGCCGUCUUCAGAAGAAGAGGAAGAGGAGUUGGAAGAAGAAGAGCGGGAUGAGGCGGAGCCAGUUUCCAGCGCGUGGACCGCACCGGUACGGACGAUUAUUCCUUCAAUCUUCCGACGUUCUCAAUCUACCGAAGCCAUCUCUGAGCCGAAAUCGCCGAAAUCGCCUAAAGAGAGUCUAUUCCGACAAUGGAUCCCAUCAACCAGACCAAAGACUCGCGAUGACCAGCUCCCAGAACCAAAGCGCACCAACUGGAUUCGAGCUGGUCUCGUCUUGUUGCUCUCCUUGAGUCUUGCAUUUGCACUCCAAGGGGGCCUUCUGGCUGCGCUUCCGGGUGGUGUUAUAGCGAGAAUUCGCUCAUCCGUUUCUUUCGGCGAACCCCCAAUGAUGAUACCCCCAAACAUCACCGAAUCCGAAAUCUUCCACGGCUUUACAAAUCAGGUUUCGAAAAUGAACUCCCAAAUGUCGAGCCUCUCACGCGAGUUGAGCAGCGUUCGAUCAGAACACGCCAACGCCCCUCAUCCUACCGACGUCAAUGUUCCGGUUGUCGUGGGAUCAAGGCAGCCUCCAAAAAUCAACUUCUUAUCCCCAGCCCUCGGAGCUAUUGUCGACCCGUACAAUACUGCCCCCACGGCAGACAAAAGCCAUCCAUAUCUCACCCGUGUCGUGAUGAGGAUGUUCCGCAUAGGACCCAACUUCGGACGGGGCCCUCUACCCCCUGUGGCUGCCCUAUCACCCUGGGACGAACCAGGAGAUUGCUGGUGCAGUGUUCCUCGCAAAGGAGUAUCCCAGCUAUCGGUCUUGCUUGGCCGUGACAUCGUCCCCGAAGAGGUAGUCGUCGAACACGUCCCCGCCGGCACAACACUCGACCCAGGCACAGCACCAAAGGAAAUUGAAAUGUGGGCGCGUUUCCGCGUCGUUCCGUUGGUCUCGGAAGAUGACACUAAAGGGUCUUGGUGGCCCUGGUCUGCGAAAAAGAACCCCCGUCCGAUCGAUCCCCGACCUGCACGCGAAGAAGGUCUCGGCGGCUACAGUAUUCCCGGCGAGAAAUCACUGCACGACGUGCUCAUGAGCUCCCUACGCGUCUCGAAUGCCUUCGAGCCAGAAAGUACCUAUUCAGACGAUCCAGCCCUCGGCUCAAACUUCUACCGCGUCGGAAAGAUAGAGUACGACAUCCAUAAGGAGAACAAUAUUCAGCGUUUCGCGCUCAAUGCCGUCGUUGAUAUCCCGACUAUCCGCGUGGACAAGGUGGUUUUCAGGGUUAAGUCGAAUUGGGGCUCGAAUAUCACCUGCCUCUAUCGGGUCCGACUACACGGACAUCUUUGA